AUUCCCUGCAACCACUCCUUUUUCUCCAUCACAUCCUUUUUUCUAAUAUAACCCGUCGAUUGCAUUGUCGGAAAUAGCAAUCAACGAACGGAUGCGCGAGUUUCGAAUCAGAAUCUGAUGCCGACUCAUCACAGCCGUCGAACGUGCAAAAAUCGAACUUACUGUCUCCCUCUCCUUCUCCCUCUCUCUCUCUCUCUCUCUCUCUCCUGAUUUCUCUCUUUCAGAGUCUUUCUAUAAUCCAAAAGUCUCCGACCGUGCCUUCGAUUUCGUUGCUCAGAAUCAGACGCGAGAGUUGAGGCGAGAGAUUGAUUGAUUUAUUGAAAUGAACAACGGAAAGCAGGGAAGAACCAGACGGAAUCAGGUCGGACGUCGUCGGUUCGUUUCUCUGUCGCUUCUCAUCCUGCUCUUCUUGAUUACUUCUUUCUCGCACGUCCAUGGCAAAGCCAACAUCACCGCCACUUCAUUGACCUCUAUCAAUCGCGAUCUCUACCACACCAGUGACACUUUAAUGGAGGAAAUAAAAUCAUUGGUCCAUCGUCACCCAGAUAAGCUCCAUAUGGAGACAUUUGGAAGUAAAAAUAAAGGCUACCAUUCAGAGAUGACUGUGGUUACUUAUUGCCGGAAUAGGAAAGAGGUUGAUGACAGUUCAAAAUAUCGAAUCCUUCUUAGUUUUGGACAGCACGGGAGGGAGCUUAUUACAUCUGAGCUUGCGUUAAGGAUACUCUCCAUCUUAAGUGGAGAGGAAUUUCUACCCAAAACAGAUUUGAUUUCUUUGGACAAUACACUUGAGAGGCUUGUGAUAAAGGUGGUGCCAAUGGAAAAUUUGAAUGGUCGCCAACUUGUUGAAGCUGGAGAUCUUUGUGAGAGAAGAAAUGGAAGAGGAGUUGAUCUUAACCGAAACUGGAGUGUAGAUUGGGGCAAAAAAGAGAAGGAUUAUGAUCCAUAUGAAGAAAACCCUGGAACUGCUCCUUUUAGUGAGCCUGAGACUCAAAUGAUGCGUAAACUUUGCCUAUCGUUUGAACCACAUAUAUGGAUUAACGUGCACUCUGGGAUGGAAGCUUUAUUCAUGCCAUAUGAUCACAAAAAUAAGACUCCCGAGGGAUUGCCUUCUCGCAAUAUGCAAUUAAUUCUUGAACGGUUGAACCAUCUUCAUUGCCAAGAGCGAUGCAUAGUUGGAUCAGGAGGUGGCUCUGUAGGGUAUCUGGCACAUGGGACGGCUACGGAUUUCAUGUAUGAUAUUGCAAGAGUUCCCCUGGCUUUCACUUUUGAGAUUUAUGGAGAUGGAACAGCUUCCUCCAAAGACUGCUUCAAAAUGUUCAAUCCCACUGACCUUGCCACCUUCAACAGGGUUCUCAAUGACUGGUCUGCCGCGUUCUUCACAAUGUUCAAUAUGAGCACAAACCAGCUCGAUGAGCUUCGCUCAAGGGCCUCAGCCUCCAAAUUUGACAAGUCUGUACCUAUAGAUGACUAUCUGAAUGGGUAUUUAAUGGAGAGGAGAAGUAGAUAUGGGAAGAAGAUGGAGGUGCUUGAGCUUGGAAUACAGGAGAUAAGGGCCUAUUUCAGGCUUUUCUUGUUAUCCACGGUGCUGUUAAUGUUCAUGUUCUGUUCUAGAAUUUCAAAGAACAAUGGCAGACCACUUGUUUCUGCAAUGUCCUUCUGAUAUUUUACUUUAUUUAUUUAGUGGGGAAAAAAGGAGAAGAGAUGUAGGUGUAUAAAUUUUUGUUUUAGACACGCUCAUUUUUUUCCUUCAUAAUGCAAUUAUUUACUUGCUACUGUCA